GGAUUACGCGUUUAUGAACUACGGGAUAACAUUCUUCGCACUUUUAAAAUACGCCGUUGGAUCCUCUGGUUUUUCCUUGGCCUCGAAGAAUGAUUGCAUAUUUACAUUACACACUAUACACACGCACGAUAAUAUAUAUAGACCAAAUUACAGAGGCUUUUCAUAGCCUAGACACCUGAAUAAAUCUUAUUCUAUAUCUCCAACUAUUUCUUGCUAUCUCCAGAUAAAAAAAAUAAUAAAAAAAUGAAGAAGCAAAAGGUAGUAAUUAGCACUACUAUGAGCGAUGAGAAGGCUCGAAUCAAGGCUCACACGAUUGCCGUUAGCCAGCCAGGUACUUAGCCAAUCAAGGGAGAAUCCACAUUAGAUUAUAGUGAAAUAAAGUUUAGAGUAAUUUACUAAUUACCUUACAAAUUUUCUUUCGUCUAUUUUAGGAUAAUCUUCCAUUUCCUCUUUUGUCAAAGAAUUUGUGUUCACAGCGUUUUUUACACCACAUAAUAUGUACAACUCUUCGCCAAAUAAUAGUCAUUAUCUUCAUCGCCAUGCCAAAUCUAUUAUACUAUUACGGUCUUACAACUUCAUUGAUACAUGUGUAGCAUAUAUAUGUACCAUAUCAUGUUUUCAAAAUUUCUCCUAUUUAGGAGUUGUUUCCGCGUCUGUGGAUCAACAAAGGGGGCGGAUAGAAGUGAUCGGCGAGUUUGACGCGGUGGCCAUGGCCAUCGCGCUACGGAAGAAACUUGGCCAUGCCGAUAUACUCAUGGUGGCUCACGUCGUUGAGAAAAAGGAAGAAAAGAAGGAUGAGAAAAAGGAAGAAAAGAAGGAUGAGAAGAAGGAAGAAAAGAAAGAUGAGAAGAAAGAAGAGAAAAAGAAUGAAAAGAAGGAAGUCAAACAGGUAGAAAAGAAAAAAGAUGAGACGCCAGAACCUCAAAUUGUGACAGCCGCUCAUUAUAAUCACCACUAUUACACUUAUCCAGUCAAUGAUUAUGAUCGUGGAGCAGGAUGCACAUUGUUUUAAUUUUAGAGCAAUGCUGGGUGUACCCCAAAUUUGUACACAAAGUGUACACCGCCUGUGUACACAGGCAUUUUGACGGCAAAUUUUGCCACUUUUCAAACGAAUUGUCUGUGCACAUAUGCAAUUCAGGGUGGGUACAAAUUGGGGUACCUAUAGUAUUUGUGUUAAUUUUAAUCCAAUUCGACGAGUUGAUAUGAAUUAAUAAUCGCGAUCAUAUAUUAAUUUGGUCAAUCUUAUUUAUAUUCCAUAUAUUAUAUGCAAAAAGAGAAGUUUGCAAGAACUUAUAUACUUUAUUGUUUUCUUGUAAUAUUUAUCGUUUGUUGAUGCUGGAUUGUUGCCCUGAUUAGUAAUUCGUUGGAGGUUGAAUUGGCCACAAUUCCACGCAAAUGUUCUUUGAUGUCAAGAGGUGAAAACACAACAAAAAAAGUUGAAGACAAUUGAAGCUAAGGCCGGGGAAGUUGAUAAUAAUGAUGCUAGGAUACCUAGGCAGGGUGUUUGAAUUUAGUGGAACAAUCAGAAUAAGAGGUUUAAUUUUGUUACAUUGAUCAUGUCAUCCUUUAUUUAAAUUAUGCUACAUCCACCCCUAUUUAAGUGGUCAAGAGUUCAUGAGUCUUUUCUUUUUUCUACUCCGUAUAAUUUUACACAUAGUUUUACUACUUGAUUACUCUUUUAUGC